AUGGCCGAUAGGAUUAGUGCUCUACCGGAUGAACUUUUAUGUCACAUCCUCUCUUUUCUCCCAACUAAACUCGCAUUCACCACCACCAUUCUUUCAAAGCGUUGGACCUCACUUUGUCGUUCACUCGCCUCUCUCAACGUUUUCUAUGAAGGCAGCCCUCACGACGAACACGAGGUGUGUGGCUUUGUUCGUGACACAAUUUCACUCAUUGCACCCGAGCAACAUCAAUCCACAAAAAAUUUAGUGGUAUGUAAUUUACUUGAACCUCUCAUUAGGGUUGACAUCGAAGCCGCCAAAUGGCAGCAUGGUGUUGAGGGUCUCGAAAUCUACACAACUAGUUGUGCCACCUUGUCGCCCAACAUCUUCCGCUGCCAAACCCUUGUGUGUUUAAAACUGAGUAGAAUAAGUAAGGUGGGUAAAAUUUCCUCGGUUGAUCUUCCUUCGCUCAAAAGUCUUCACUUGUUCGAGGUUUCUUUCCAUAAUGAAAAAGAGGAUUACAGGAAGUUUCUCAAUGGUGCACCCAUUCUUGAGGAUUUAUAUGUUGCAGAGACAUCCAGUUCAAGAUCUGUCCAUGUUGUAGGGACCAAAACCUCCAACUUGGUGAAAGCACAUUUACGUCCAUGCAUACCUAAUCCUCAGUACUUCAGGCGCUUCAAGGAAUAUUUCUCCUCUCACAAGUUUCCGAACUUAAUCCACCUUGAAUUUGUAUUUAAUUGUAUUCCCUUUUCUGGAUGGCCUACCGUACUAGGAAUGCUUUAUCAUUGUCCAAGGCUUCAAAAUCUUGUCAUCAAGAAGCGCUCUUUGGAGAAACAUAGCUAUAUUGAGACAGAGGAAUAUUCAAUUGUUCCUGUUCCGGAAUGUGUUUCAUCACAUCUCAGAACAUGUUUUAUUGGUUCUAUUUUAAACAUUGAAGAUGAUUUCCGUGGGCAUACAAUUGAAGUCAUGAGUUUAGUUAUUAAUUUGCUUCCUCUUAUAUUGGGGAUUAAUUUUUGA